AUGUCCAAUUUUACCUUCAAUCUUCGGGAUGCCGCCGGCGCUCCUAGUUCUGAGGAACUUUCUGAUCUCGUCCAUGAAAUCGCGGAAAAGCUCGGGCUUUAUUCCCAGCAGCAUAAGAACUUCAGGAAGACACUGACACCAAAUGUCAGGAAACGUGUGGAUUAUCUCAAAGGGCUACAGAAACAAUAUGAUGAGUUUGCGGCUAAGUUUUUUGAGGAGCGAUUGAAGUUGGAGGCUAAAUACCUGAAGCUCUAUGAACCACUCUACUUAAAAAGGUAUGAGAUUGUCAAUGGCGUCAAAAAGGUAGAAGGAGUUACAGAUGAAGCAGACAAAGCCACAGAGGCUAAUGGAGUGCCGAACUUCUGGCUAACUGCGAUGAAGAACAAUGAAACACUGGCUAAAGAGGCAAGGAAUUUAUGUAUAUAUAUCACUGGACGUGAUGAGGGGGCCCUCACGUAUCUUAGAGAUAUCAAGUGGUGUAGAAUUGACGAUCCCAAGGGCUUCAAGCUGGAUUUUUUCUUUGUGACUAAUCCUUAUUUCAAAAAUGCUCGGCUAACAAAAACAUAUUACAUGGUUGACGAUGAUGAACGUGUACUGGAGAAAGCAAUAGGGACGGAGAUUAAGUGGGUACAAGAAAGGUGCCUGACACAAAAGCUUCUUAGGAAGAGGCGACGAAAAGGAUCAAAGAAUGUUAAAUUUCUCUCUAACAGAAAAAGAUGUGAAAGUUUCUUCAACUUUUUUAAUCCUCCCCAAGUCCCUGAGGAUGAUGCUGAUUUUGAUGAUGAUGAUCUUGAAAAGCUCCAGAAUUUAAUAGAACAGGAUUACGACAUUGGUUGCAUAUUACGGGACAAAAUCAUUCCUCAUGCUGUGUCAUGGUUCACCGGCGAGGCUGUACGGAGAGAUUAUAAUGAAAUAAUUGAGGGUGAGAAAAACGAAGAGGCUGCACAGAGUGAUUUUAAGGAUAAUGGUGAAGGUGAGAAUGAUGAAGAGGUUGUACAUAGUGAUCUUAAGGAUAAUGACAAGGGUGGAAAUGAUGAAAAGGCUGCACAGAGUGAUCUUAAGGAUAAUGAAGAGGCUGCACAGAGUGAUCUUAAGGAUAAUGAAGAGGCUGCACAGAGUGAUCUUAAAGAUAAUGGUGAGGCUGAGAAUGACGAAGAGACUGUACAGAAUGAUCUUAAGGAUAAUGAUGAGGGUGAGAAUGAUGAAGUGGCUGCACAGAGUGAUCUUAAAGAUAAUGACGAGGGUGGGAAUGAUGAAAAGACUGCACAGAGUGAUCUUAAGGAUAAUGGUGAGGCUGAGAAUGAUGAAGAGACUGCACAGAAUGAUCUUAAAGAUAAUGAUGAGGAGACUGCACAUAGUGAUCUUAAAGAUAAUGGUGAGGGACAGAAUAGUGAAGAGACUUCAGAGAGUGAUGUUACGGAUGAUAAUGAAGCUGAGAAUGAUGAAGAAGAGGAUGCAAAUGAAAACGAAGAAGGUAAUGGGAAUGAAGCUGACGAGGGUGAGAAUGAUGAAGAGGCUGCAAAUGGAAACGAAGAAGGUAAUGGGGAUGAAGCUGACGAGGGUGAGAAUGAUGAAGAUGAGAAUGAAGACGGAGAAGGUGAUGGGGAUGACAAUGAUGAAGAGGCUGCACGUGAAGAUGAAGAAGGUGAUGAAAAUGAAGAUGAUGAAGGUGAAGGUGAGAAUGAUUAA